AUGGUGCGCAGCGAUGAACGCCCAGGCAAGCGGCAACGUUUGGAUUACGACGAGAUGGAAGACGAAGAUGAUCGCGAUAUCCGUCCAAAAAGGACAUUAGCAUCAACGGUAGUCAUGCCAUCUAUCGAAACGAAGAGCCGCGAGGAGAAAAUCGAGGAAAUGACUAAAAAUGAAAAGAAAGAAGUAACCACUAGGCACUGCAUUGUUUACAGAAACCGUCGUAUGUUCUCGAACCUCCUCAUGGGCACGCUCACUCGUUUCCAAAAAGACGAGAAGAAGAUACAAAAUGUAGAAAAGAUUCAAGCAGAGAAGUACAAAGAAGUUGAAAAGCGGCUCGAAGACAAGAAGCGCGAAGACCGCGAAAAGAUUAUGGCUGAACGUCAAAAAUUAUUCGAUGAGCGUCGUGAACAAGAAAAAGAAUUGCGCGCACUGCAGCGUAAAAAGGCACUUAUCCAAUAUGCGGAGGCAAAGAAGGAGCAUUACAAGCUGCUGCGCAACUUUAUCCAGACGCAAACGAAACCUACACUAUUUUUCGCACCAGCCAAACAUUCGAUGCGCUCGCUCGAACUGCUGAAAGCUUCCGAAAAGGCCAUUGAUGGUCUUAUGGAACUGCGGCAGAAAGAGCUUGAGCGUGAGCUGGAGAAUAAUGUUGACGAAGAACAUCACGAGCAAAACACCGCCGAAUCCAACGAUACGGAAGCUGGCAAUUCCAAAGACGCCACAGUAUCGAUUAGGAGGAAUCGUGAUCGCAGUCAUUCACGUAGCGGCGACGAGGACGACCGUGAAAAGAGUCCAGAUCAGCCGGAAGCCAAAGAAACGAGCGCUGCGCAUGAGGAGGUGCACGAGAACAACGACGCGGACGAAGCCAUGGGCGAAGAGGAGAGAAUCCAGCCAGACGAGGAGCCAAUGGAGAAGGACGAUUAG